AUGUCGAACGGAUUCGCAAUAUACGAGAGCGUAGUACCAACUCUGCCCAUGCUUGCAUUUCUUUCCGUCACCCUAGGCAAGCAAAUUGCUGCCUCCCAACUUUCCAAUACGGAACGACGAUACCUUACAUAUAUUGAGCUACAGGCGGAAAGGCUACCCAGGUCUGAGCUGCAGAAGCUUCUGAGGAGUGACUCGGAGACAGAGAGAAACUCAGCUGUGUCCAUGGAUGAGGUGUUUCUUGUGCUUAAGGGCAUAUGUCUUUGCGCUAACUCCACCCUUCAUUUCGGAGUCGAUAAGUCUUUGAAUUAUCUGACGCAAAUGAGAGUCUUUAAAGAUAUCCAAGCCCAUUCAAAUCUGCAUGCAAAGGCACGUAGUGUUAUUUUCAUCAUGAUAUCUUGGAUAUGCAUGCUUUACUCUGCUACGGAGCUCAAGGAGCCUUGCCAUCUGCGAAUAGAUAGCAGUCAACAUGCAAAUCUCAACACGCCUAUUCGAGAGGUCGGUGCAUCGGAAUACUCGAUUUGUGAACUUAUACCGCAAUAUGGAUCACUCUUACCAGUAAAAUCCCUACCAGUCGAUUACUAUGCGAAGGAAACGUUUGAUACCUUGAAAGUCUCUUUGCUCAACGCGAAUACAUUAGUGCGCAUCGGUGGUCUGAGAAUUCAAUGGGUCAACAAUGUCAGCGCCCAUUUAUCCCUUGAUAUGGAACAAAAGUCUCUCAUGAUAUUUGCUAUGCCUACCUUCUGUGACCUUCAUCGGUUUGAAGGGACGAUCUUUGAGAAAAUAAUCUCUGGGUAUUAUGACCAGUAUUCUAAGCCGGACAGGUUUUCGAGUAUUGAGUACCUUCGUGAGAUACGAAUAUCGUAUCGUCUACUUUUUGCAGACGAUUGGAGAGCCUACCGCUGGUACCGACGCAUUGCACCGAGCAGUGUUGAAACCCUUGGACUUUUCGACUCAUAUCUUGAUGAGCUAUCAAAGCCACUCUCUUCAUCAACCAAUUCAUAUAGUGCGGACACGGACUUUCCUAUUCUCGGUUCUCGCUUAAUCGAUCUUCAAAACUAUAUCGAUCGCCAAAAUCCGGGUACAAUUGUGAUGCUAUGGCGUGACAGGCGAGACAUGCUACGCUGGUACACCUUCUGGGUAGUUACAAUUAUUGGAGGCUUGGGUAUAGUAAUCGCUCUGCUCAGUGCGGGUCUCGCGGCAGCUCAGGUGUACUAUGCAAUACCAUCUGGCGCAUGA